GUUUGUAUUAUGGUCUAGCAACACCACUUGUCAGUUUGUCACUGACUUCGCUACGGUAUGGUUGUCAUUUCGUCCGUCUAUCAAAGAACGUGAUAGAUGAAUGGAAAAUAAUUAACUUUAUCGCAGCGAAGACAUCUCUCGUAUCUCCUCGAAACAUAACGGCGCGCGUGUAACAACACCUAAGUGAUUUUCUAAAAGUGCUCGCUUCUACACAACACCGCCAUGAUCGAUGUUAGAAACAAAGAUGGCGGAAUAAUACGGUGAUCAUAACCAAACGCGUUGUUUUGUCGUGUGUAGCGUUAUGUGCUGUAGUGGGCGGCGGCUGCAGCAGUGUCGGGGUGCGUGAGUGAGGAGGAGAGGCGCGAUGGGGGCGCGGCCGGGGUGAUGCCGCCGCGGCCAGCGGCCGGCCGCGCGGCCAUGGCGGCCGACAGCGAACGCCCGCCGCUCGCUCUCUUCACCGCUGUCUACGACUAUGUGGCACAGGGAGAGGAUGAGCUUUCCCUGCGUCGCGGCGAGAUCGUCGAGGUGUUGUCCAAGGACGCCAACAUCUCCGGCGAUGAGGGCUGGUGGACGGGAAAGAUCGGCGAUCGCGUCGGUAUAUUCCCUGCCGUAUACGUGACGGAGGAAGACCCGCUGGCCGUGGAGCCGCCUCGCGUCUCCUUCUCCGAGCUGAAACUGGAGGAAGUGAUCGGGGUAGGCGGCUUCGGGAAAGUGUAUCGUGGCUAUUGGAACGGUGAAGUCGUAGCGGUGAAGGCGGCGCGUCAGGACGCGAACGAAGAUAUCGAAGUUAUAAAAGAGAGUGUGUUGCAAGAGGCGAGACUGUUCUGGGUGCUGCAACAUGAGAAUAUAGUGUCGUUGAAGGGGGUCUGUCUGGGGGAGCCGAACUUUUGUCUGGUGAUGGAAUAUGCGCGCGGUGGGCCUCUCAACCGAGUGCUAUCUGGUCGUAAAAUACGGCCGGACAUCCUGGUGGACUGGGCCAUUCAGGUGGCGCAAGGCAUGGCGUACCUUCACGUUGGCGCGCCCAUGUCGCUCAUCCACAGGGACCUCAAGAGCUCUAAUGACAAUCCCUAA